AUGUGGGAAAAUCAGACAUCCAUCACAGAGUUCAUCCUCAGGGGGUUUCUGCUUGGCCCGAGGAUGCAGCUGGUCCUCUUUUCAGUCUUCUCCCUGUUCUACACCUUCACUCUGCUGGGGAACGGGACCAUCCUGGGGCUCAUCUCCAUGGACUCCAGACUUCACACCCCCAUGUACUUCUUCCUCUCUCACCUGGCUGUUGUUGACAUGGGCUAUGCCUGCAACACGGUGCCCCGGAUGCUGGUCAACCUCCUGAGUCCCACCACGCCCAUCUCCUUUGCUGAAUGCAUCACACAGAUGCUCCUCUUCCUGACUUUUGCGCCCAUGGAAUGUCUUCUCCUGGUAGUGAUGUCCUAUGACCGCUAUGUGGCCAUCUGCCACCCCCUCCGGUACUCUGUCAUCAUGAGCUGGAGGAUCUGUAUUAGCCUGACUGUGACUUCCUGGACAUGUGGCUCCAUCCUGGCCCUGGUCCAUGUCAUUCUCCUCCUGAGACUGCCCUUCUGUGGACCCCACGAGAUCAACCACUUCUUCUGUGAAAUCGUGUCUGUCCUGAAGCUGGCCUGUGCUGAUACUUCACUGAACCUUGUGGUCAUCUUUGCAGCCUGUGUGUUUAUCUUGGUAACCUGA